GAGCUAAUCCUUCAUUUGUGUGGCGGAGUAUUUUUGCAGCUCAAGAAAUAGCCAAAAAGGGUUUAAGAAGGCAAGGAGGACUGUAAUUUUAGUGCAGGCUGUUUUCUGAAGUGGGUAAAAGCUGUGUUUACUAAUUCGGGAGAGGAGGACUGCUUCAAAUUUAUUAUGGUGUCGUGGGGAGUUUGGAAGGCAAGGAAUGAACAAAGGUGGAAUACGGUGGACAAGGCUCAGGACGAGGAUGACAGCUUUAUAGUAGGAGGGAAUGAGGUUAGAAGAGUGUCUUGGACACCGAAGGAAGCAGAAGCUAUGGGGCUUCGGUCAGCAAUUCAAGUAGCAGCAGAAAGGGGCAAGAAUCGUGUUGAAACCAAUGCCAUGUUGGUGGUUUCAGGUCUGCACACUGAUACAAGAGAUUCUUAUUUUUAUCUUGUUUUAGAUAUAUUAGAUUUUUGUUGAGUCAAAACGAAGAUAUUGUGGUUAGUUUGUGUAAAUGGUCUGUGAAUAGUGUCGUUCAUGCAUUGGUAGGGGUAGCCCGUUCUAUUUCUAAUCAGUCUCAAAUCUUUUAUACUCCUCUCGAUUCUAUCGUAAGUCUUUUGACAAAUGAUUUAUUAAAUUAAUAGAAGAACAGUUUGUGAGUAAAAAAAGGUCAUGUUGUAUACAUCUCUUGACCUAGAAUGUAGACCGUGGUUGAACAAAAUAAAUCAUGAUGUAUUUACUCAUGAAUGAUAUGCAAGAAUUGAACUUUGAUGACAAGAAAAAAACGCAGAGAGGGAUUUCCCCAAAGAAAACACAACGAUUAUAAAUAACACACAUAUUUAUUUAUGGAGUAUAAUCUAAAGUGUGUGGUAAAAGGUCAAAGGUGAGCAUAUUUAAUUGACUAUGUUAUUAUUUCUGUUGAGACUAUCUAAUGAUCUAUUGAUCUUCUAAGUUGAGUCGAUCUUAGAUUCAGUGUAGACAAUCUAAAUGUGUUGUCUCUAUGUGAUCAUUUUCAAGAGUGUUAUGUGUGGUUGGCAAACUUAUUUGAUAAGUUCAAACUUAUUAAAUAAGUGUUAUUAGUCGACUAGAUUUUCACUCGUGCGUUGCACGGGAUGAAGUUCAUAAAUAUUGAUUUCUUAUAAAUACUUAAAAAACAUAUUGGUAAUAGGCUUCAUACUUGGUAUGUUUGAUGAUCACAUAUAACGAUAAAAUUAAUAAAAUGUUGUACCAGGUUAAAGUUCCACUAAUAGUACAUGUAUCAUAAUACUCCCUCAAUCUCUUACUUUUACUUUUUCCUCAUUAACUUAAAGACAUCUACUUUUAAAAAGAUAGGCAAAAGUGUAAAAAACAAGCAUCAUUUAUUGUCAUUUCUUAAUCCUUGUACCGGUCAAAGUUUGCAAUUCAAUUCGGGACGGAUGGAGUACAAAGUAUUAAUAAAGUAUUAACUAUUUUCUUAGAGAUUGUGCGUCAAAUGACAAAAUGGAAGACUCAUUCAAACUAAAGUUUCUGGUCAUUCAAACUAAUUGUGUGGUUUUUCAUUUUAAAAUUUCUGGUUUUCCAUGAAUAAAUAAUAUUAAAAACUUCACUAGUUUUACAUUUUCAAUUGAGUUCUCCCCAUUCUUAGCCUACAUUGGAAUCGGCGGUAAAUAUGAUAGUAAUGAAAUCUUCGAUUGGGAGAACCCAUAUUGUACCAUACAAUAUUUUGAUUACUAUACAAUAUGGGUUCUCCCGAAAACUUUCAAUUGAGUAAAAAAAAGGAACAUGUUAAUGAUUGAUCCAGUCCGGAUAAGAGAUGCUUAAUUUUAUAUGACUAAUCUAUUGGUUGGAAUAGCAUUGUUGAGUUGUUGUGUCAGAUUAUUUUAUCAAAUUGUUAAUGUCAGAAGCUAUUUUAAUAACUACCAAAAGUUCAUAAAAAAUUUUAAGAGUGAAGAGUGGCUAUUAGCAAUUCUCGAGUGACAUACAUUUUAAGACCUAUUCUAAAGACAUGAAUGAUUAGUUUUAUACUCCGUAUUGUUUUAAUUCCAAUUCCAAUAUUAGCCUUCAGAUAGUUAUUAAAUGAUGAAUUCAAGUGUCCAAUAGAUUUAUGAAAAUGACAUUAUUUUUUCUGAAGGAGAUUGUCUCACAGUUAGAAGUGAUAAAAGAAAAUAUAUUGUCAGGAUAAAAAUAUUUUGCAAUGACCAAAAACAAAAUAUGUCACAUUUGUAGGGUUUAAAACGUAUUAUCUAGUUUUUUAAUCAAAAUUAUUUUUUGAAGUUGAUGAAAUUUCACUUUAAAAAUACCGUUUAUUUGAUAAGGUGGAAAAUACCGAGUAAUAUUAUGCUAAUCUAUUUGUGUAGAAAAAAAAUGAGAGUGCAAGAACGUAGGAAUUAAACCGUAAUGAAAACAAACUAACAUUUCUCAACCGAAUGUCAGAACUUCAUGAGAGAGCUUGUGUCUCGUCUAAAAGCUUAGAUUGUAAUGCCAUCCUAGAAAAAAACAAAUGGAGGUUGUUAGAUCCGCCUUGGAUGUUGCAUACCAGAAAGCAGUGGAGCAUUCAAAAGAUAGGCCCAUCCAUUUCGUUAAUGGUUGUUCUAGAUUUUAUGAGCUUGCAAUGAUUCUGGUGGAUGGUGGAUGCAAUGUUGUUCAUAGAGAUACAUAUAUCCCUAAUGAGAGAAAGAACAAGAAGACCGUCCUCUCCGACCUUCGGAAAAUGGCACGAUGUCUGUAUGAACGCAUCGAGGUAUUACAAACAUCGAUUAAUGAUGAGAAAGAUGAAGACCGAUCAAACGAUAAUGGAGAUGAAGACACUAAAAUAUUGGAAUCAGAAUUGCAAUUGGAUAUCCACAAGGUAAUUAUGAGUGAAAUGAUGAACUCAUUGAAAAUGGAAAAAUGUGAUUAUGAAAUUCAAAAUGUGAUUAGGGAAGAAAUACAUGCCUUGGUGAUAACAGAGGCAGGUAAACAUUCUACUUCUGACCAUUCAAAAGAAGAAGAUGAGAUCCCCCCUUUGCCCUCAUCAGCUAGGAAGUGGGAGAACAAUGAGGAGGAAAACAUGAUACAGGUACUCGACUCGGUGCUAAGGUGUCUAGAGAGGGAAGAAGAUUUGGUUUUGAGCGCGAGCAGUGAGAUUGAGCAGCACAGCGUAAACCAUUACCUGGAGAUCUUCAGGACCGAGGAGCGGGAAGAGAGGGAGGCCAUUCAAUGGCUAUUGGACUCUGACGAAAGCAUUCUGAGUUCUGUUAAUAUAAAGUUGGCCAAAGCACUCAAACAGCUCCUCACUAGCAAGGAGUUGUUGUUGGAUUUGGAACAAGGUUUGGGCCUGUGCCCCGACGGUGAAGGGGACGACGAACACAAUAACAAUAAUGUUGAUGAAGAUGAGAAGCUUUCUUCUUGUCGAAUACACGGUGGCAAUCCUUUCUCAUCUCUCAGAAGGUUUCAAAAAGUCUUAAUUGAUUUUGAGGAUACUGUGCUUGCUAGUUUAGAGAAGAAAUGCUUAAGGAUAGAUAAAUUGGAGCAGCAAUUGCAAGAGCUAGAACAUCAUGUUGCCUCAUUGAAGACAAGAGAACAACGUUAUAGAAAGGCAUUCUUAGCGAGGUGUCAUAGCCUGCAUUUUGCAGAAAAUGAGGUUGUUUUAGACCAAGAUUUGUUUAAACUUAGGUAUAUGCAUGACAUAAAGGGGUAAAAAUUAAAUUGAUCUUCUUUUUGGGAUUUUUUUGUAUUGUUGUUUGGACAGGUUGACCUACUAGGGGAUCAGGUGGAGUCACUACUGCAAUUUCUUGAGAAAAUAUAUAGAAAAUUGAGCAAAAACUCGUCAAUUUUGUCAUGCCAUUUUGAGGUCACUGACAUUGUAAGAUUAAUCAAGAAAGAGAUAGCAGAUACAAUUGUUUGUACAAAUAAAAUUAAUUCCUAGGGUGUAUCACUUCCCUCUUUUUGUCCUUUAGAAAUUGUGCAACAUCUAGAAUAGAUAAGAUGCAUUUGGAUAGUGAUGAACAAGCAUGAGGGAGGAAAGUGUUUUACUUGGGUGGUUAGGUAUGACAUACCAAAAGUUUUAUCUAAUACCUUAUGUCAUAUCUAAACUUUAAAAUACAUAUGGUUAUAUUAUCGAAA